GAAAGGUCCUUAGCGCGAAGAGAAUCUAGACGCUACCAAAUGCGCCGCAAACAGAGGAGCCAGGUGGAACGCAUAACCAGGAAGCAAUGUGGAACGCACAACCAGGCAGUCGAGUGGAACGCACAACCAGGAAGUCAGGUGGAAGGUAAUCAGAGGAGGUGUUUCAAGUUAUCACCAACUUCCGGCGUAUGCACGAAGAAGAGAAUCGUUGCUGACAUAAUGCAGUUGCUAUACAGCCUGAAGUGUUCCUCAGAAGGUGGAGGAAACAGCUGAGUGAUUACUGAGGCAGAGAAAUGCGUUAAGGGUUCCAGAAGUCUGAUCUAUGUGAGGUUAUGUGAAAGUGAGAGCCAUCUAUAGGGUAGAGAGUCCUGUAUAGAUCUUCUGACUCACUGAAGAUGGAUAAAGCCAGGAGUCAUAUGACUGAGCGGAUAUUAAACCUGACUCUGGAAAUUAUCUGCAUGCUGAUUGGAGAGGACUGCACAGUAGUAAGGAAGAAAUCCGGAGAGCGUGUGACACCCAUUACCAGUCAUACCUGUGUGUCAGGAGGAUGGAGCAGGACCCAGAGCCCCGUCACGAAUCCCCCACCUCACUCACUGAUACAUGAGAGAGACAAUGAGCAGAAGAUUCUGGAACUCACCAACAAGAUCAUUCAGCUGCUGACUGGAGAGGUUCCUAUAAGGUGUCAGGACGUGUCUGGUGAGUCCUCCAUGGAGGAGUGGGAAUAUAUAGAAGAGAACAAAGAUCUAUACAUGGAUCCCAUAAUGGAGACUAAUCGGCCCCUCACAUCACUGGAUUUCACAGAGGAUACAAAAAUAUCUGGAGGUUCCUGCAGCCCUGUUUCUUCCCCGGACUGUAGGAAGGAGGAUCACAGUGUUGGCAUAAAUAUCCAGCCUUCAGCAUACCCACCAACCCAUAGGCAAACCCCCAUAACCUGUCCGGAGAAUGCUACUAAGAAAUCGUCUUCAUUUGAAGCUGAAAAUCUCACCGGCGUUUGCUCAUCCAGCGAUCACACGUCGCAGCAUAUUAAGGAGGAAUCGGCCUCAUGUGACGGAGGAGAGCUCACACACACUGACACUUACACACAGUACACACCCACUCAUAUUAAGGAGGAGUCGGUCUCGUGCGAAGAAGAUCUGACAGAUACUGACAUUUCUACAGAUCAUCCACAGUACUUAUCUAUUCUCAUCAAGGAGGAGUCAGUCUCGGGUGAUGAGGGUGACCUCGCAGACACUGACCUGUAUACACCCACAGGUCAUAUGCAGUAUACACCUACUCCUACUGAGGAACGCAGCGGGCCUGGCGACAGACAGCUAUCAAAAGAGAGACCAUUCAUGUGCUCGGAAUGUGGGAAGUGUUUUAAAUGUAACUCGGAACUAGUUAUACACCACAGGAUCCACACUGGAGAAAAACCCUACCCAUGCUCCGAGUGUGGCAAAUGCUUUACCAGUAGCUCAAACCUUAUAAAACAUAAGCGAAUACACACGGGUGAGAAGAGAUACUCCUGUGCGGAAUGCGGGAAGUGUUUCAUCAGUAACUCGCACCUUAUUAAGCACCAGAGAAUUCACACAGGGGAGAAGCCCUACUCCUGCGCGGAGUGUGGGAAGUGUUACAUCAGUAAGUCAGACCUUAUCGUGCACCAGAGAAUUCACACGGGGGAGAAGCCUUACUCCUGCGCCGACUGCGGGAAAUGCUUCAUCAGCAACUCGCCUCUUAUACGGCACCAGAAAAUCCACACAGGAGAGAAGCCCUACUCCUGCGCCGAAUGCGGCAAGUGCUUCAUCAGCAACUCGGACCACCUUAGACAUCUAAAGACUCACACGGGAGAAAAGCCCUAUUCUUGCACCCACUGCGGGAAGUGUUUCAUGAGCAACUCUGAUCUGGUUAUACACCAGAGAGUCCACUCCGAAGAGAAGCCCUACUCCUGCUCCCAGUGUGGGAAAAGUUACAUCCGCAAGUCGGGUCUGGUUAUGCACCAGAGAAUUCACAGAGGAGAGAAACCCUAUUCCUGUGCCGAGUGCGGGAAGUGUUUUAUCAGCAGCGCACCUCUAAUCAGACACAAGAAGAUUCAUAUGGCAGAGAAACCCUGCGCCUGCCCACAGUGUGGGAAAUGGUUCAGCAGUCCUUCAGAUCUGGUCGUGCACCGGAGGACUCACAUAGAGGGAGAGCAGCUUCCCUGCGCCGAGUGUGGGGAGUUGUGUGCCAGUAGCUCCGAUCUCACUGAACACCACAGGAUGCACAUGGGGCAGAAACUGUAUCCUUGCUCUGAAUGUGGCAGAUGUUUUGCCAGUAACUCCGAUCUUGUAGCUCACCACAGGACCCACAUGGGGGAGAAACCCUACUCUUGUGCGGAGUGUGGGAAAUGUUUUGUGGAUAAGUCACUACUUCUUCAUCACCAGACAAGUCAUGCAAGAGACCAUGUGGCUUGCUCUGAAUGAAAGUCACCGUACCGUCAAUCCACAUCCAAUUCAUUGUGAAAUUAAUAGGGGGGGGGCAUCCUACCUUUUGCACUGAAAUUUUGGCUGGUGCUCUUUUCAUUGUAGUCCCACAGAUUCCAGCUGCUGCACUCACAGUUGGUGCCCUUGUGUUCUUGCUCCAAUGUCUCUUCCAGAUUGGGAUGGUGGCUGGUCUUGUUUUCGGAGUCAUAUGUGCCAAGGAAAAUUAAGGAUGGGCCAAGUCUUUAGAUGUUCAACAGGAGAAUUCCAGAAUAAAAAAAUAAAUAAGUGUGGCUUCAUACUGAUCUGAGCUGGAAUUAUUAGCCGUAUUUAUUUUCCUCUCUGCUCUGUCAAGUGCUGAGAAACAGCCCAAGGAAGGAGUGAGUUAGGGCCUAAUUUAUUUGCAGUUAUCUUCUGACUGUGUGUGCGCAAUGGGCUUGCGUUGGUAGUCGCAGAGAGGAUUUAUUCACAAAGUGAGUGACAGUCGGGGGUUUGAGGGAGGUACCGGGGAGAGGUGGCAAAAACACAGGCGUGGCACGACCGGUUUAGGGGCGUAUCUCAACCUGCAUCUGUGCUCGAGUAACAGUGGCUCCGGCUACUCGGAAGACUGAUAAUCGACUGAUCUGCAAUAGUUGCUGCGUCUUUGUACAUAGCUGCUGGGACCUGCAAAGCUGCUGAUGGGCGUCUUACAAAUCCAGGCCGCUGCGGCAUUUGUGUAUUUUCGCACAGUAUCUGCAUACACAUUUAUAGCUGUGGUGGCAUUUGCGUGCAACUCUAAAUUAGGCCCUAAGUUCUGUAUGUGGUAUUUAUUUUCUUGAGGAUACUAAUAUUAUGUAGCUCUGUUAAAUAAAAACUUGAAACCAUCAA